CUCAAAAUUCCUCUCCCCGCACGCCCACACCUCUCGUGUCCAUCUCCCAUUCUCCUCCCCCUUCCUCGGCUCACUUCUCACUCAAGCCGACGGUCCACGCGGGGACGCACGCACGCACGCAACCGCCACCAGCCACUCGCCCGGCAGGCUCUGCAGGCAGCCGCCGCGCCCCGCGCCCAAUGGCUGCGUCCCUCCGCUCCCCGCCGCCGGUCCCAGCCUCCGCCUUCCGCCGCUCACGGCCCGGGGCCGCCGUCGUCCGCGCCUCCUCUUCUUCCUCCUCCUCGUCGUCCACGGCCGUGUCGUCUGCUCCCAAGGCGCGCUUCGUCGCCCGCCGCUCCGAGUCCACCUCCGUGCAGCAGCUCGCCCGCCCCCUCGCGGAGUACAUGGGCCUGCCGGCGAGCCAGUACUCGGUGCUGGACGCGGAGCGCAUCGAGCGCGUCGACGACUCCACCUUCCGCUGCUACGUCUACCGCUUCCGCUUCUUCGCGCUCGAGGUCUGCCCCGUCCUCCUCGUCCGCGUCGACGAGGAGCCCAACGGCUGCUGCAUCCGCCUCCUCUCCUGCAAGCUUGAGGGGUCACCCCUUGUGGAGGCGCAGAAUGACAAAUUCUCAGCUUCCAUGGCGAAUAGGGUUUUCUGCAAUAACAGUUCAGAUGGCUCUCAACAGCUUACAUCAGAUGCCACAAUCGAGGUUACAAUUGAUAUACCCUUUCCAUUUCGAGCAAUACCAGUUGAAGCCAUUGAAUCAAGUGGCCGGCAAGUGCUCGAGCAGCUGCUCCGAGUCAUGCUUCCACGAUUUCUGAAGCAGCUUGAUAAAGACUACCAAGCUUGGGCUUCAGGCGAUUCUUCAAGGAAACCACUUGGCACCGGUGAAAUAUGAAGCUGUCCAUAGGCAUUAUAGGUUUUCUUGUUUAAUGUAGUUAUCGUCGCUUGAUGAGCUAGCAGUCGUGCUCACAGAUCAUCCAAUCCCCCAUGACAGUUCGUUCUUCUUGAACUUAGUUACGGCCUUCUGAUUUUAUACCGCAAUCCUACUGUCAUGUGAUCCAUGUGCUCUUUUUCUUCUUCUGGUUUUCGUCUGGAGAUUCGUUGCACUUCUUACAUUUAGAAGCAUUUGCAGAUUGAGCCCUUCGUUGUA